GAGCCGCCAUGAGCGCCGACCCCGUGGUGUUCGUGGGCGCCGCCAGGACCGCCGUGGGUUCCUUCAACGGCGCCCUGUCCGCGCUGCACGCGCACGAGCUGGGCGCCGCCGCGAUCCGCGAGGCGCUGCGGAGGGCGCGCGUGGCCGCCGAGGACGUGUCGGAGGUGAUCGUGGGCCAGGUGCUGCCCGCAGGUGCGGGUCAGAACCCCGCGCGCCAGGCGAGCGUCGCCGCCGGCAUCCCCUACGCGGUGCCGGCCUGGAGCUGCCAGAUGAUCUGCGGCUCCGGCCUGAAGGCGGUGUGCCUGGCUGCCCAGUCCAUACUGGUGGGGGAUGCCAGCAUCGUGGUCGCAGGAGGCAUGGAAAGCAUGAGCAAGGCCCCCCAUGUAAUUCACAUGCGAGAUGGAGUGAAAAUGGGAGAGGCUUCCCUGAAGGACACGAUAAUCCAUGACGGCCUUACGGAUGCCUUUUAUCAGUUUCAUAUGGGUAUAACAGCUGAAAAUGUGGCUAAUCAGUGGCAAGUUAGCAGAGUGGAACAAGACCAACUUGCUGUACAGUCACAAAACAGGGCAGAGGCAGCACAGAAAGCUGGCCAUUUUGCAAAAGAAAUUGUUCCUGUUCUUGUACCUUCUAGAAAAGGUACUGUAGAAGUUAAGAUGGAUGAACACCCUCGACAUGGGAGCAACUUGGAAACAGUGGCAAAGUUAAAGCCGUGUUUUCUGAAGGAUGGAACUGGGACAGUAACAGCAGCUAAUGCUUCAGGCAUAAAUGAUGGAGCUGCAGCUGUAGUUCUUAUGAAGAAAUCAGAAGCUGCUAGGCGAGGUCUUACACCUUUGGCCCAGAUUGUAUCUUGGGCUCAGACAGGUUUAGACCCGUCCAUAAUGGGAGUAGGACCCAUUACAGCAAUAAAGCAAGCUGUUGCCAAAGCUGGUUGGACUCUGGACCAAGUUGACUUGUUUGAAAUUAAUGAAGCCUUUGCAGCAGUAUCUGUUGCGAUAACGAAAGAACUGAAAAUAAAUUCAGAAAAGGUUAACAGCCAAGGAGGGGCUGUUGCCUUGGGCCACCCUCUUGGGGCCUCGGGCUGCCGCAUCCUGGUCACCCUUCUCCAUGCCUUGGAACGCACAGGUGGAAAAUACGGUGUUGCUGCGCUGUGCAUCGGAGGCGGGAUGGGAAUAGCCAUGUGUGUUGAACGAUAACUGUACAGGGUAUGGACCCACUGACUUGUAAAGAGUCUCAGUUUACUAAUAAAGUGUUAAAGAGGG